GACUGGGCCCAGCACCAACCCCUGGAGAACACUGCUGGUUACAGCCUCUGACUGCACUCUGUGCCACCAAUAGCAGCUCUCUGAGCUCUGCCACUCAGCAGUUCUGCAUCCAUCUCACUGUCUGCCUGUCUAUCCCACAGUUCCUGAGCUUCAUUACAAGGAUGUUUGUGGGAGACAGUGUAAAAAGCCUUGCUGCAGUUGAGGUACAUGGCAUGCACCACCUCUCCUCAUCUCCUCAGCCAGUGAUGACAUCAUUCCAUUGUGCAUCUCCUCUGAAAAAGCACUGCAUGAAACAUGGGAGUUAGUGCUUUGUUGUAAUGGUGUCAACGGUUUAUGGGCUGGUCCGGCCCAGUUCCGUGACCAGCAGGGCGGAGGGAUCUGCGGAUCCGCGCCUCUGGGAAAGGGGAAGCAGGGGACCCCAAAAUACUUGAAAACAACAGCACUGAUCUGAGGUGAAACAAAUGAUUUUACUAAAUAUAGUAUUAGUAAAAUACAAUGAGAGAGAGAGAGAGUCUGUUUGAAUUGUAUAGACCUCACCACAAUGCUGGGGUGAGAAGUGCAGUCCAGUUGAGUGACUGAAGUACAGAUGGCGAAGCGCAGGCGGCGAAGCGCAGGCGGCGAAGCGCAGAUAGCGAAGCGCAGACAGCGAAGAGCAGGCAAAGAAGAAGAAUCAGGUGACCUUGCUUGGAGUUAUAUCCCCUUGCUGACCGCAAAGUCUCCUGGGGAAAAGUAGUUCUUCUCCGACGGACGAACAUUCGGCAGAUAUCAAACCCCACCCCCAAUGCAUUACAUGAUGUUAUGGUGUGGAAUACUGAUGACCAAAAAUCAUAAAACCAUGACAAAUGGUUUCCUCCAGUACUGAGAGAACAGCAACUAACAGCAAGGGUUCCCUCAUCUUCAACUUGCAAGCCUUCAGCCAAAGCACUCAGAGCUGCAAUGCAUGGAUCAAACAGUAUGCUUGGAGAAAGGAGAUGGUACUGUAGUGACAGCAGAAAUCAGAUCCAGCCCAGAUGCUUCUGUGUUGCCAGAGAGGUCCCAGGUGCAUCAGCCCACUGGCUUCCUGCCUUCCUGCUGCCACCUCACCACACCAAGCAGAGAGAGAUUAAUACAUUAAUAGACCACUACUGAGAAAGAAAAAAGCUUUGUUAUGUUUAUGCUUGCCCUUACUGGCUGCUGCUGCCAGAACUGAGAUUAAUGCCAUAAAUCCAGUGGUGAGUUUAGGAACUGCUGUUGAGGUUUCCCAUUACCUCUGUGAGAUGCUGUAGGAGCUGUAGGAGUUAUUUUCAAAGCAGUGGGGUUGCAGCCGGUGGAAGAGAAUGGCAUGGGGCAUCUUGUAGGACUUGUUUUCAUUGCUUUCAGCUUUGUCGUACACCAGCUGCUUGGGUUGGAGUUCCUCGUGUCUCGUACCUGCCACCCUGGGCUGCAGGGGAAGGUGAGGAGGAGAAAGCAUGGGUUCAAUGACUGCUGGUAGGUGGUGGGAUCUUGGGCAUCAGGUGCAGACCUGGGGCACACCAAAGGUUGGGCCAAGAAGGCAGAGCCCAUGGAGAGGUGGGGAGAUCUGCUGCCCUCUGUGCCCCUCACUGGGCCGUGCCUCCAUCCCAGUACCCAUCAUAUCCACACAUUCUCGACCACAUGACAUCAAAACUGUUUGGGGAUGGUUUCCAGGGGCUGCUGCAGACCGAGUUUCCCGGUUGCCCAGGAGAUGGCAGUCCUGCAUUCGGACAAGAUAUGCAGGCAGUCCCCAGCCGGCGCCCGUCAUUUACUGGAAAAGGAUCCCGACUCGUCGGCUGUGUGUUUGGCUCUGCUGGGGAGGGAAAGGGCUCUGUUUGCAGUGACUGGUGCUCUAUCCUAUUCUGAGCUGAACAAGAGACACUGCGGUUGGGAGGCGAGUCCUGGAUGUGCAGCCCGGGAAGUGCAGCCCUUCACAGAGACUGCUGGACAUUGGCAGCAACAGCUUGGGAUCUAGUUCUCAUCAUCCUCCUACUCUAGGUACUGAGUAGGUACUAGGUGAGGAUAUGAUACAUAUGGUGGGAAAUUCAGGAUUACUGCAAUUUGUCUUUGCUCUUACAGAUCAGGAGGCACUAAAAUUUAUUUUAUUUGGAUUUCUUUGAUGUUUGCAAGGCAGAAAGUUGAACCUAUCAAGGGAACCCAUGGUUGAACCAAUCUCUGUUCUUUCUCAGCAAGGGGUGGGUAAGUGAUGUGCCAGCCAGGGUGCCAUCUCCAUGGGCACGACCGAUGUGUGCCACCUCCCAGCUGCAUGUCCUGGGCUGCAGCUUCAAAAUUCCUCUUCCCUUUAUUCUUCUCCUUGAAAGAAGCAGUCAGUGUUGGUGGUGGUGAGGUGGUGCUGCACAGAGCCACUGCAAGGAGACUUCAAAUGGCAAACGUGCCACAAACAGAGCUGGUACCUGUGGGGACAGCUGUGCCCAGUGGGUUUCACCAAAAAGAGCAUCUUCUCAGAUGAGGAGUUCCCUUGUAAGAGAAAUCAGCAAGGGAAAGAACUGACCUUCAAAGCAAGAAUGAAAACUUGCCAGGAUUGUUCAUAGGGCAAAAACAGGACUUUCCCUUUUCCACUCUGGUGCAAAAGGCUGUUGCAGUGCUCUGCUUUGCAGUGCAAGGAGUGCCAGUGGCAGUCAUGCUGCUGAGCUGUAAGCUCCCUUGGGAAAUGAGGAUUCUUCAUCCCUUUUCUCUUUAAAAUCACAAAAGCAGCAGCUCUAAGUUCCUUUAUUUAAAUUCCAUUCUUUAAUAAAAGCUCUGUAGUCUUCACUCUUUAAACUCAGAAAAUGUUUACAUGAAGUUAACUGAAGUUACCAGUUAUUUCUUUGUCACUUUUCUAGUGGAUGGCAAAUGUUCUUCAAACUCUUGCAAGUCUAACAUCUUCUUUCCAAAUGUUUCUUUGCAAAUGCAUAAGAUCAGUGCCUCUAUGCAAUCACCCAUAGAUGAGCAUGAGAUGACUCCAUGUACAGACAGCAUCCAAAAACCUGCCUGGAAUGGCUACUGUAGAGAACCAUUUAGCAAGGAUUCCCUCCCUAUUAGCUGGACAAGUUGUUAUUUUGAGAUUCCUUUGCAAACUCAGGACAAGAAGGCAACCUGUUCCUCCCUGACCCAUCAGUUCUUCCAUUGUUGCCUUCCUCAGGCUGAGGGCUGUAAGAAGCACUGGCAUUAACAAGCAGUUUUAAAGUUGGAAGAUGUAGGUAAAGGAAAUAGAAAUGUUUGCAUUCAUCUGGAACAGCCUUCCUUUUAAAUCCUGGUGUGACUAAAAGGAUUUAUGUGAGCAAAUGAAUUGAAUACAAGAAGGAGAUAGAACUGCCUCUCGGAGGAUGUUCUCAUAUUACCCUUUAUAGAGACAGAAGCAGAGCUGCAGGUUGGACAGAUGUGUGUUUAGAACGUGAGCCUGGGGAGCUGGUGACCCACAGGAGCAGGCAGCCAGUGAAGUGUGCUGGAGCCAUGCUGCUGGCUCCCAAACACGGGCUUUGGCUCGCAGAUCUGCUGGCUUCUUGCACUUCCUUGGGGCAUUUCUUUUCUUUCCUUUUCUCCCUGAUGAACCCUUGAAUUCACGGGACUCUGGACACCACAUUACAGUAUCACAGAAUCGUAGAAUCACCAAGGUUGGAAAAGAGCUCUAAGAUCACCAUCCAACAGUCCGCCUAUCACCAAUAUUUGCCACUAAGCCGCGUCCCUCAGUACAACAUCUAAACGUUUCCUGAGCACUUCAGGGAUGGGGAUUAUUCAGCUGUUCUCGGUAUCUGCACCUGAAAACUCUCUCCUCUUGUCUUUCUGCAGCAUGACAAGUGAUGAGCAGUUGUUCCUGUGUCACCUUCCCCUCCUUCCCAUGACUCAGCCCCCUCUGCUCUUGCAGCUGCUGGCAACCCCACUGUCCUGCAGCACCAUCCCCGGGCCCAUUGCCCUGGGUUGGGGGCCAGAGUUCCCACCCACCGUGCCCACGUUUGCUGGGAGGCAGCAUGGGGCCCUCAGUGCAUUGCGCCCGGAGCUGCAGGUAGCCCAGGGCCCAUCUUUCUGAUAAAAAGGAGAGAGCCAAUUAAUUCUGGAGCCAGAACAGCCACAGAAGAGGAGACUUCAGGGAGGAUUUAGCGAGCAGUGGCCCAGAUACAUCAAACCGUCUGCAGCACAGCGCAGUAUCCCAUUAGGGCUCCUCUGUGUAACAGCUGAUGUUACUUAUCCUAUUAGAUGACUGACGCUGCUUUGAUGUAUUCCCAGGAGACUGGGCCAUGGUUUUCCCAGGUGGAUUUCUGCCACCCCUGACGUGAGGUUCGUGCCCACCAGGCAGGGUUCUGAAGUGAGGAUGAGCUGCGUGGCUCUGCUCCUUCCCUUUGCUUGGAGGUGUUGUCCCCAGGCGUGCCAGCAUCACUGCUCUUUCCCUGUUGCACUGGGCAGGCUCCUUGCUGACCAGGGAGGCUGCUUUGCUCUGCUGGGUCUGCUGGCCUUGCGCUGGAGCUCUCCUGCCUCCAGCCUGGAGUUAAUUCUGCUGAUUCCCGGUUUCUUCCCAACAACAUGAGCUGUUUGCCUCCACCAAAAGGUGGAGUGUUUAGCUAAUCAAAAUCCAUUCUGAAAUUAGGGACUGGUCUGUUUCUGUUGGCAUUACCUCACCCACUUCCUCCAGGUCUGCUUAAUGCAGAUCCCCACACAUCCACUGCGGUUUUGCCAUGCUGAGGGUCUGCUAGGCAGAAUGAACUUGAACUUUGUUCACGCUCAGCUGGGGCUUGGCUGAGCCCUGAUAGAGCAGCAGGGCUGGAGCUGUUCUCAGAUUAAUGGGACAGAGCAGAAAGAAAAGUCACAUUGCUGCCUACCACCUGGGGAGCUGUGAGAUGCAGCCUUGACCUCAAAUAGUUCCUAUCUGCAGGCAGAGAGAAGGGAAGAGGCUGCUGUGAUCAAGUGCUGGAGCACUGCAAAGAAGCAAUGUUUUGUUAAACUGAUAAAACCUGGCACCCACAUCGCUGCAGGGCUGCACAUACUGUGAGUGCAGAUGAAAAUUCACUGGCUUGGAAGUAAAAGGGUGUUAGAAGUGCCUCUUUGGAAGAUGGCCGCGGGGUGACAUCUGUAUCAUCUUCUGUGUGUGGGCUUGGAAUGUGAAAGAUAUUUCUGGAGAGCUGAACCUUACCAAUAAAGCUGGCUACCUCCAGCAGCCAAUAAAGCUGGUGAGCUCUGACAAUCAAUGAAGAUGGUAAACUCAAACAACCUCGUGUCGUGUCCUUGUGAACCCAUCACCCCACAGCGACCUCACAUCUGCUGUGCUGUGGGGUGAUGCACGCAAACCCAGUGAGGAGAGUCCAUCCAGGAGAACGUGGCAGAAGUUUGGCUGUGGAAUGGGACCAAAGCUCAGCAUAGCUGCUGCACUGCAGUGUCAUUAAACGUGGUUUGGGAUGUGCAGAUAACCCUGCACAGCUGGGGGACAGCGCGGUGGUCAGCGUGCAGGGAGAGGGAGAGAUAUGACUAGAGAUCCCAGCCAACAUUUUGAGUUUCAACCCCAGUAAGAUUCCAUCCCCAAACAGCCCUUGUCACUCUCAGCCUGGUGCCAGUGCCACUUUUCAAAAGCCACAUUCCAACCUGUCCCUCUGCUGGGAGAAAGAAGAGGACAGACUCUUUAGUGGGGUCUGUUGUGACAGGACAGGGGGAAUGGUUUCCAACUAAGAGAGGGGAGAUUUAGAUAGGAUGCAAGGAAUAAGAUUUGUACACUAAGGGCAGUGAGACACUGCACAGGUUGCCCAGAGAGGCGAUGGUGCCCCAUCCCUGCAGACAGCCAAGGUCAGGCUGCAGGGGCUCUGAGCACUGAUGGAGCUGUGGGGGUCCCUGUGCACUGCAGGGAGUGGGACCUGAUGGCCUUUAGGGGUCCCUUCCAACUCCAGUGAUGCCCUUGGCAGAGGAAACUGGCCAAGGAAACAGGAAAGGACGAUGGUACAGGAAAGUGCUGCAGCACCCGUGCAAAAAGGGACCAGCAGAACAUAUGCAGAUAAGAAGGCAAGCUUUGUCUUCUGAAUUAAGGAUCAGGAAAUAGCAACAUGGUCAUAAAUACUGCUUUUCAAUAACUGCGCUUGCAGGCAUUGAAUCCAUCGAAGCCUAAGAGGAAGGAGAGGUUCCUCCAUGAGUGAGAUUGGAACCAAAAGCCCCUUCCUCAUCGUGCAGAUGCUCAUAGAGCCUGUAGGUUAUCACGAGAACUUAGUUCUGGCCCAUACUCAGAUGAUAGUGGAUUUUUAGUCCUAUCUUCCCGAUACAUUAAUGUUUGCUUUAAACAAAUCGAAUCCCUCUUUAUAACACCAUAAGAAAGCACAGAAUGUGGCAUUUAUAUCGCAGUAAAAUUUUAUGUGUUUGCACAACUACUUGACAGCACAAACAUCGGUGUUUCCUUAGGGGAUGUGCUUUGAGGUUUCCUGUGGGGAAAUGGGACCACUCACAGCUCGCAGCUGGGAGACAGGCAUUUUCCCUAUUGCAGAUGCUCCAGAGGCCAGUAAGGAAAAGGAAAUUGUCAAGGGCAAGAGCUACCUGUACAACAGGGGAUUGUAUCUCGCCAUCAGCACACAGCUCCUCGUCCUCUCUGCAGUCACACUGGGGAUCGACUCCCUCUGAAUUUGUUGCUCCAGCACUGUGCAGGGGUGCGAAGCAGAGCCUGUGCUGGUGGGUGAGCUGCCCUAUGGCUAUGGGCAUGGUGCCUCUGGAGAGCAGACUGAGUUCUGGAGAACUCAUUCUGUCAUUUUUCUUAGCUUGGAUUUUGGCAGAGAGGCAAUUCCAGGCACACCGUGCCCUUCAGAACUCUAAAAGUUCGUCAUCUUCCUCAUGAUCCUCCACGGGUCAGAGACUCCUGGCUCCUUGGAUGGGACUUUUGCGAGCCUGGCGUGGCUUCAUGGCCACCCCAGUGAUCAAAGAUCUGGUGACUUGUGGCAUCCACACGGACCCAUCAAGAACCAUGAAAUGCUGGGCAUGGAUAAUGUCCCAUCCCUAUCAGAGAUGCUGUUCAACCAUCUCAUCUGUGCGAAAGUGAUUUUGAAACAUCAUGUAAGAGAUCAUGCAGGUGGGAAAACAUCCCAUUUUUUGAUUCACACAGUAACUUUCUGGAAAUCUCCCUGGUUGCUCUGAUCCAGUGGCUGAGCUGCAAGCUGGUGCCCAGGAACAGCUCUGGAGAUUUCCUGAGGAGAUCUGGACUUCUCCAUGCAAGCAACACAAUUCAAUUCUGCACACUCUGCCUAAGGAGAAGGAGAUUCUCCUGGCACCAGGUGCUCCCCAGGGUGAUGCUUGGGAUCUGACAGUGGGAUACAAACAGUCUUGUGUUUCAGCUGGCCCCUGAUAUGACAAGGUAGACCAUUUCCACCAUCGUUUUGGUUCUGCUUCAUGCCUGCUGGACUCCCGUUGAGCCACACAACAUGUUCGUUCCAGAAGGGAUCUCACUGCACCCAGCUCCUCGCCACCUCGGCACAGAUCCAGCAGGAGAGACUCUGGCAUGACAGGGCACUGCACUGAGCGGGGCUGCAUCUCCAGCAUGAACACUGAAGCGACAGGAGGGAGCUGAGCAAACAUCUUGGAAAGCAGUUGGUAUGUGCACAGGAGACCUGCAUGGCACACAGGGAAGCGCACCGAUGAGCUUUUCUAAGAACUUGCUUGCCACUCUGCAGCUGGAGCGAUAUUUGCUUUGGUCCUGAUAAAGGCUCUUAUCAGAGAAGAUCAAUCUGCCUGCUGUGGGGAAGUGACCGUUUGGGUUACAGCCCUGUUACUGGCAGUCAUCUGUGUGCCCCAAGGUGAGCACAGGACCGGCCCUGGGGCAGCGUCAGCCGCACUCCUCCCCAGCAUCUGCAGCUAUAAAUCCUGUGGUUCAAAGCGUGUCUCCAGACACAUCCUGGGCUUCUGAGUGUUUCUGUGGAGGCAGCAUGGCUUCCCAGUGUGCUCCCCUCCUGCUGCUUGCCUGUGUGGUGGCCCUGCCUGCCCUGAGUCUCACUGGUGCUGCCCAAGACCUGACCCUCCUCAGUCGAUCUGUCUCAAAUAGCAGUCCAUCAGCUCUCAGCGUGCUGACAGACGGUAAGAUCCGCCUGGUGAAUGGCUCCAAACCCUGCUCUGGACGGAUGGAGGUCUGGUACCACAAUGAGUGGGGAACGGUGUGUGACGACGGCUGGGACCUGAAAGAUGCCUCUGUGGUCUGUAGGCAGCUUGGCUGCGGGGAAGCAGUGUCAGCUCCAUCUCAAGCUUUCUUUGGAAGUGGAUCCGGACCUAUUUGGCUGGAUGAUGUGAACUGCAUUGGGAACGAGAGCCUCCUCACUCAGUGCACGCUGAGGGCCUGGGGACAACACAACUGCAGGCACAGCGAGGAUGCAGGCGUCGUGUGCUCAGGUUGGCCCAAGGACUGCAGUGAGCUCUCUGCAGGCAGCCCCAGCGGCGUCUACAUCAUCCAGCCCUCAGGGCUGCACCCCCUCGUGGUGUACUGCGAGAUGAACGUGACGGACGGGGGCUGGACGGUCAUCCAGAGGAACAGCCACAACACAGACAUCACCUGGGCCGAGUCCUGGAGCACCUACAAGUACGGCUUUGGGAACGUGCGCGGCGACUACUGGCUGGGCACCGAGUACAUCCACCAGAUCGCCAAGCAGAAGGUCUACCAGGUCAGGUUCGUCAUCUCAGACAACGCCAACAACGUCAAGUUUGCAGACUACAACCUCUUCAGCGUGGAGGACGAGGCCCAGGGCUACCGGCUGCGGCUGGGCUCCUACGCGGGCACAGCGGGGGAUGCCAUGGCUUUAGCCAAUUCCGCCACUGUGCACGACAACAUGAAGUUCUCUGCUAAGGACUUGGAUCAGGACACCAACAGCGGGAACUGUGCCUCCGCCAAUGGGGGCGGCUGGUGGUAUUCGUCCUGUUACUCCGUACGGCUCAAUUUCAAGGGCGGCUUGACGUGGAGCGGUCUGUGCAGCGGCAACUGCAGAGCUUCUGCCAUCCUCAUCAAACCAGCUACCUACUGCUAGCUGCAUUUUCCUUUCCUUUCUGUCCAACCUGUGGCUAAGACUUGCUCGGCAAAGGGGUAGAAAAGGUAAAACGUGCCAUGGCCAGACCUGAUGCGUCGUGGGUCUUUGCUGAGGUUUGUGUCCCAGCUACUGAAGAAAAUGAGCCGUCCUCCACUUCUCCCUCCUGUAGGUCUCUUCUGCUCCUCAAUUCAGCCUUUAUUCUUUUGCUCAGAUCCGGGUCAUUUUAAUUGUGUUAAUAAUCAGAACAGUUGCUCCCAAAACCUGGAGUUUCCAGAUGUGCAAUGUGCCUCAGAUAAAAUGUGAAACAGCCAAACUGCAAUGCAUCUCUAUGGCUGUGUGAGCUGAUUGACAUCUUUAACUUCAGACAAACAACACAACUUUCACUUGUAGAAAGAUUAAAAUCUCUCGAUCAGGAUUGCACAAAUUCCCACUCUUUGCCUUCUGUACUUCAGGCUUAACGCUUGUCAAGUAUCAAAAUAAAUCUGUAUUCAAAGAACUAUCCCAAGUGUUAACAUCUAUUUCAAGUCUCUGCUGUGCUCGCACAGGUCACCGUGUUCAAAAGCUUCCUCUGCUGAAGCCCUGCUUUCCCAUAGGACAGGCGUUUGGGAAGGAGCUAUGAAUUAACAGCUUGUGUGCUGCGCUGCGAAGGGCAGUGGAGUUCAGCCACUGGAAAUGGGAGGGGAUGUCUUCUCUCACCUUCAAAACAGAGGGCGCUGUGAGCUGUGAGCUGUGAUUGGAGCCAUCUACACACAUAAUUUGAAGGAUUUCAGCGGCACACAAAAAGAUUGUCCUGCUGGAAAAACCGACCAAGUGUCCCCCUGGCUGUGCGCUCUGCCCUCCCCUCCAGGCAGCCAAUGCCCAAGUGCACCUUGCCAUCUUCAAUCUUAAGCUGCUGUCUAAUGAUAAAGCUUUGUUAUAUCACCAUAUUACAUUUCUUUCGGGUCCUCUUCAGCAAGCUAGAGCGAGUUGUUUUUAAUGAGCUGCUUUGUUUGUCUGCAGUCUGGAAAAGCAAAUGUGUCCUUGUGAAUGGCUUUAAAUGACAGCCCCAAAUCCCAGGUGCACCCAGUGCAGGGUCAGGGAGCCCAGAGGUGCAGAGCUGUCCUGCUGCUGUGGAAGCACACGGCAGGGGAAAGCUUUGUGCAGCAGGCACGUAGCAGCAGAUACAUCAAGUCGGCCCUCUGAGCACGAAACAGUCUCAAAUGUGCUUCAGUUACGGCACGGACCAGUAGGAAGCCAGAAGGCUCUGACUGGUUCCAUCCCCCUUGUCGGCCACUCCUGGAUGCAGCCGUUCCAUCCAUUACACCAUCAGCCCGCCGGUGCAAAGCAGCGUUUCCCAUACAGAUCACAGCUUGCGUUGGUCUUCAAAGGAUCAGUGUGUUUCUUUCUUUGAAGGAAGAUGCUGCUGUGCUCCCUGCAGUUUCUGCCGUCCCCAGAGAAGCCCAGCCACCUCGUCCUGUGGCAGCACUGAUGUCAGAGGGCGCAAUAAAACGUGACAGCAAUGACCAAGAAGUGAUUGGAGAAGCAGGGAGUUUUGCUGCUGACUCUUCUCCAGUCUCCAGAGGGUGCCCUUGUCCCGGGGCUCCCCAGGCGGCCGUGGGGAGUGAAGAAAGUGUGGCCGUGCAGGGAUGGGCAGGGAGAGCCACGAGGUAUUGCCUGGCAGUUCAGCUGCAGGUUGCGAUUUGCUCUGCUAUUCGCCCUGCUCUGUUCCACUGGUGCAGGGUGGGAUACAUGGAGAGAGAGACUGAGACCUCUGGAGGAGGAAAACACAAGAAUUACAUCGCGCGGGUGUCAGAAUUCUUUCCAAGAAGAGGAAAUACAACCGUCUCUGAAUUAGGGUUUCCCAGCCCUUUCCUGGAGAAGGAAUGGACCCUACACCUUCCUCCAAAAGGCCUUGCUGCUCUCUCAGUCAAUACUCUGCAUUCUGACCCAUUCCCUUCUUUCUGCCCAUCUCAUCUCCAAGAGCAACGUGAUCCCUUCUCCUCCUCUCUGGGAAUGCUGCACUGUCAGCAUCCCUGUGGCUCUGCAGUGU